AGAAAGUCGGGUAUAUGGUUACUGUGCUACAAUUGGAAGUCAGGAGGUCAACACUUGCACAGCAACCAACUGAACUUGAUAACACAGCUUGGAUCCUUACAGGGGAGUUUAUUGUUUUCUCAAAAUGGGAGAGAAUGAACCCACUGUACCGAGUCCAUCCCAACAAGAUAAAAAGAUGGCCUAUCACAAAGUAAAUGCAGACCAGAGAGCACAGGGGCACUCUCCAUACCUUGACAAUGAUGAGCUCCAAGCUACAGCACUGGAACUGGAAUGGGACAUGGAAAAAGAGCUGGAGGAGCCUGGCUUUGAUCAUUUCCGGCUGGAUGGUGCGGUCCAGCAUCACCUGGGAAACUCGCAGAGCCCUGACCUUGAUCUUGAGCCCAUCCAGCCUUCAUCUUCUCCAAAAGGAAGAUUCCAGCGGCUUCAGGAAGACCCCGACUAUAUCUCGCACUAUACGAGACAGGCACCAAAGAGUAACCGCUGGAAUUUUUUUCAGAUACUAAAAGUAUUUUGCACUGCUUUGAUUUUAUUUAUUUUUGGAAUUCUGAUAGGAUAUUAUGCACGCAAGAAAUGUCCCUCUCCCUCACCAUCUCAAGAACCAAAUAAUGCUCAUAUCUACCAUGAAAUUCUCAAGGAAAUCAAAGCUGAACAUAUUCAGCAGAUUUACAGAGAUCUGUUACAGUUCCCUAGAGAAGACGAUGUAGACAUUGCAAUGAAAAUUCUGCUUCAGUGGCGUUCCCAAGGUCUUGAAGAUGUCCAGCUGGUAAAUUACUCUGUUUUGCUUGACCUACCGGGCUCUUCUUCAAACACAGUAACUCUGAAAAACAGCGGUGAAUGCUUUUAUCCUAGUGGACAACAGUGCAACACAGAGACCAAAACACUUCACAGCCGAGACCUCCUGUACUCGUACGCCGCUUACUCUGCCAAAGGAACUCUUGAGGCAGAACUUGUUGAUGUACAGUAUGGGACUGUGGCAGACUUGAUCCGGAUUCAAGCCAUUACAAAUGUGACCAAAAAAAUUGCACUUUUGAAGCUAGGACAAUCACCUUUGCUUUAUAAGCUUUCUCUGUUAGAAGAUGCAGGGUUUGGUGGUGUUCUUCUUUAUGUUGAUCCUUGUGACUUACCAAAGACUACAGAUCUUACUGAUAAAGCGUUUAUGGUUUCCUUGAAUGGCGGAGGAGAUCCAUCAACACCUGGUUAUGCCAGUAUUGAUGGAAGCUACAGACAAAAUCGGCUGAACCUCACAACAUUGUUAGUACAACCAAUUUCUGCAGUGCUUGCCAAAAAACUCAUUUCCUUACCUGAUAACACUGUCCAAAAAGAUAGGUGUAUACCCCUCCAAUGGCCAGCAUCAGGCAAAAAAAUAAUCAGUCUGAAUAUUCAGUCAGUCACAACUUACAAGACAAUUUCUAAUGUUAUUGGAUAUUUAAAAGGAGCCAUAUUUCCUGAUAGAUACGUCAUCGUUGGUAGUCAUCACAACAGUUUGAAUACUUACAGUGGACAAGAAUGGGCCAGUAGCACUGCUGUCAUCACAGCCUUUAUACAAGCCUUGACAAUGAAGGUUAAGAAAGGCUGGAGACCUGACCGGACCAUUGUUUUAUGCUCAUGGGGAGGAACGUUAUUUGGGAACAUUGGUUCAUAUGAAUGGGCAGAGGAUCUUAAGAGAGUUCUUCAAAGAAAUGUUGUUGCUUACAUUAGCCUCCAUAAUCCAGUCACAGGCAACUCAACUUUACAUCCUGUUGCAUCUCCUUCUCUUCAGCAACUGGCAACAGAGAGCCAGAGCUUCCAAUGUGUGGAAAAGACUAGAUGUCCAGGAUCUAAUGUGAGUUCUGUGCAGAUACAGGGCGAUUCAGAUUAUUUCAUCAACCAUCUCGGAGUACCUGUCACACAGUUUUCUUAUGAGAACAUCAAGACAUCAGAGAAUUCCAGCUUUCUUUCCGAAGCUCUUUUUCCUGUACAUACAACAAAAACUGAAGAGCUGGAUCCCUCCUUCAGCCUGCACGAGACCAUUGCAAAGCUAACAGGACAAGUGACUUUGCAAAUUGCCAAUGAACCAGUUUUGCCGUUUAAUGCCCUCGACAUCGCGUUAGAAGUUCAGAACAGUCUUAAAGGUGAUGAAGUAGACAUUCCUCAGUUACUUGCAGUGGCAUCGCGUCUGAGGGACACCGCAGAACUGUUCCAAUCUGAUGAGAUGCGUCCAGCUAAUGACCCAAAGGAGCGAGCUCCUAUCAGAGUGAGGAUGCUCAAUGAUGUGCUACAAAGUCUGGAGAAAAGCUUCCUGAUUCAUAGAACUCCUCCAGGACUCUACAGAAAUAUUCUUUACAGACUAGAUGAAAGGACAAGCCAGUUUUCAGUACUGCUAGAGGCACUGGAGCACUGCAAACUGCAUCCGUCAAAUGAGACCAUUCAAACAGCUUUGUCAGAGGUGCUGAACAGCAUCAAUUCAGCUCAGGUUUACUUCAAAGCAGGACUUGAUGUGUUUGAGACUACCUUAGCUGAAAAGAAAUGAGAAAAUUCUCUGCAUUCUAAGACAAUUGUUUACAACUUGCUAAACAAAAGUUCAGCUUGGACCAGAAUUUCUCUGAGGAUGAAGCCUUUCUCAGCUUUUCUUUCAGUUGGCACUUAAAGGUACCACAGUGUGUGAUUUUAUAAAUAAAAAACAGUCUUUUGCACUGUUCAUGAUAUAUUUCAAAUGUCUGUUUCUGAAUGUAUAAAACAGUGAGGGGGAAUAACACUUAAGAUACGAUUUUUGAAGGUCAUCUGCUGUAUUUUUAUAUGUAAAAUCUAUUUUUAUGAGUAACAGCUCAAUCUUGCAAAGUACUGAGCACAUCCUGCAAUAUGCUGAAGACGUGGUUCUACGACACCCCAGAUGUAUACCCAGGUGAGAUUUCUAUGCCUACUUGGAUUUCUUAACUUCCUUGACACACUCAUCUUCUUCCUUACUCCUUUCAGAGUAAGUAGUUGAAGUCUGUGGCAUUUGCUUGGGUAUCCAGUGCUGGUGUUAAUCAGGAAAUAUACAGAACACCCUUAACAGUGUAAUCCAAUAUCUUUACUCCUGUGGAACAAUAAAUACCUCAAUUCUGAGAGUACAGAUAAACUUUCAUUAUCCGAUUUCUAUAUGAAAAAGAGUUGUUUUCCCUAGUAAUUCUUCAAGAGAUUUUUUUUAUAUAAUUUCAAAUUAUUGAAAGGUUUGAAUCAGUAAUUACAAAAAUACUUUGUAUCUUUAUGUUAAAUAAAAGAACUGCAUAGUCUUACAAAGCUACAGGCCUUACAAGCUUAUACAUUACUGAAAAAGCCUACUUUAAGGUCUCCCUAAAUUUCCAGAGAGAAGUAAAUGAAAACAAGACCUCAAACUUCCGAGAACAUUUCUGAUAUUUCACCACUUGGCCACACCACCCACUAUUCCAAGCUGGAUCAUUCUGUAAGUCGCCCCUGGCAUAUAAGUUCUGGACUGUUGUCAAAAAAGCACAAGGGAAUCAUAUAUCUAUUCCCUACUGUAGAACCAGGAAUUCACAUCUGAAGGCACAAGCAGAUGAAGCCUAUUGCAGAGCUAAAACUCAAAUCUGUUUUGCACUGGUGGAAGCCCUGUACAAAGUCUGUAAUCACACCAUUACCUUGUUGGCCUGAAGUUAUCUCCAAAGGAAAGGAUCAGGAGGUUCAGUGUCCUCACCUGUAAGGCAAUAAAAGACACAAUUGAGAAUUGCAGGUCUAAAUAAUAUAAACCGUUGAAAAUGUUAAGCCCUAUUGGGUUUAGAGUUUUACGAUCUCAGAUGAUUCUGGGUUCAGUGCUUAAAAAAUGUAUUUUAUAUAGAUACUUAGAAUUGAAAUAUAAUUUAUUUGACGGAAACAUUAAAUGUAUUGUUACUCAGUUUGCCAUGGAAACAUUACAGAAACAUUUCAAGUUGCAAUAAAAAUAGAAAAAGUAUCUGUAUUAAUGUGAAAAAUAAAAUGGCUUUCCAGAAAAUUUCAAGGAGCACAAUUUGGCGUAAGACUUUAAAGUGUGUGUUGACACAGCAAGAAAUGAAAGUUGUUUACAGAUCUGUGUUUCUGUUUCCAGGAAUCCUUGGCAAAUGGGUCUCUAUUAGCAAUGACCCAUGACUAGAUACAUCUAGCUAUGAUGUUGCUACAUUUCUUGCAAGUUAUUAUUAUAACAUGAUCAAAAGUGUCUGAGUCUGACCAGAGACUGUACUGUCCAGUUGAAUGGCUACAACUGAGGUGGGAAUACAUUCAACAUCAGUCAGCGUGACUGCAUGAACUUAGACAUGAUUAUCUCCUAUCUUUGCUUAGCAUCUGAUAAGCAAGUUUAUAUGAUUAUUCUUUUGCUAAUGCUGAUACAAAUUCUGUUUACUGCAGAGAGAAUUUUACCUUUUUUUCUGCUACUAUAAUAUUUUUCAUCCCCCUGAUACUGUUAGUUUUUAUUAUUGGAAUAUUCAAAUGGGUGGAAUAGCCACAUUGGAGAUACAUGUUUAUUUUGAGAUAGUACUGGGGGAUGUACUGUUCACACUAUAUUUGACUUGUAUUUUCUAAUAUGGACCAUUCUUCUAACAGUUUGUUCAGUAACAUAUUUUCUUUAGAGUGCUGACUUGCUGUAAAGCCAACAUCUCCAACAUCUAUGGUCUUAAAUGAUACAGUCAGGUGCCAUUAGGAGGCCAAACCCAUAAAUCAACAUUUCCUUUAACUCUGUCAGGUGAAUUUAAUAACUGCUUCCUCUACCUUGUAUGUAUGUUCCACCAAAAUCACUUCUGAUGUAACCACAGUGUACUCAUGCAAAAUCUGUGAAAUCUGCCAGGAAGAGUAUCCCUCAUGUAUUGAUUUCUUAACCAUGUAAUUCCUCACUAAAGCCUUUUUUUAUUAUUA